CAGCGAUCAACCUGCAGCUCCGGUCUGGCACGCUAUCCCAUUACCAAUCGAAUCGCCCUCCUCGUGACCUCCUGGUUUCCCGCAGUCGAGAACCGCAAAGCAGUCUAUUCAAACCAAGAGGAUAGAUGCUAUACGUCCUCCCUCGCUGUCCGCAAGUCCGCUCAACGUCACUGCGGUCUCUCUCAUCCAGCCUCUCUGCAGCCAGCCCCCCCUCCCAGCGCCCGGCGAUACCACGAAGAGCAGCACCAGCAGCCGCCUACUACGUUGGGAUCCGCACAAUGGCCUCGAACGCGCACCUGAAAGCCGCAGAGGACUUCCUCACCUUCGUCAAUGCCUCGCCGACACCCUUCCACGCCGUGCGCUCCGCCAAGCAGAAGCUUGAGGCGGCAGGUUUCAAGGCAAUCCGCGAGCGUGAUUCGUGGUCGUCGACUCUCAAGCCCGGCGGCAGAUAUUACCUUACCAGAAACGGGUCCACAUUGGUCGCCUUCGCCAUCGGCUCCGCUUGGAAGCCUGGUAACCCCGUCGCUAUGGUCGGCGCCCACACGGACAGCCCCUGCCUGCGUAUAAAACCGGCGAGCCGCAAGCAGUCAGAUGGCUUCCUGCAGGUUGGCGUCGAGACCUAUGGCGGCGGGCUGUGGCAUACUUGGUUCGACCGCGACCUCAGCAUCGCCGGUCGGGUCAUGGUCAAGACCGGGGACGGCAAGUUCGAGAGCCGCCUCGUCAAGGUCGACCGGCCCAUCUUGAGGAUCCCCACCCUCGCCAUCCACCUGGACCGCCAGGAGAAUUUCCAGCCAAACAAGGAGACGCACCUGUUUCCCAUCUGCGGGCUCGUUGCUGCCGAGCUCAACAGGACGGGUCAGAGCGAGGUCGACGAGUCAGCAAAGAAGCUCGAGGCUACGAAUCUCAACCAUGAUUCUAGCUUUGAGCCCCUCCAGCUCGUCACGGAGCGUCAUCACCCGUACAUAAUUGAUCUGCUUGCGCGGGAGGCACAGUGCAAGCCAACGGACAUUCAGGAUUUCGAGAUUGUUCUGUACGACACUCAGCCGUCGUGUCUGGGCGGCAUCAACAACGAGUUCAUCUUCUCGCCCCGCCUCGACAAUCUGAUGAUGACCUUCUGCGCGACUGAGGCGCUCAUCCAGUCGCUGGCGUCCGAGAGCGCGCUCGAGGAGGACCCGACCAUUCGACUGAUCGCUCUGUUCGACCACGAAGAGAUCGGCUCGACCACCGCGCAGGGUGCCAACAGCAACAUGCUCCCGGCCAUCCUGCGGCGCCUGUCCUGCUUGCCAGCGUCGUCCGAUGCGGUCCCAUCCGAGCACUCCCAGUCGAGCUACGACCACGUCGAGGACGGCUCCAGGACGGCGUUCGAGCAGACGCUUGCGACCAGCUUCCUCAUCUCCGCCGACAUGGCGCACUCCGUGCACCCCAACUAUCCGGCCAAGUACGAGUCGUCGCACCGGCCCGAGAUGAACAAGGGCACCGUGAUCAAGAUCAACGCCAACAACCGCUACGCCACCAACUCGCCCGGCCUCGUCCUGGUGCAAGAGUGCGCCCGCCGCGCGAAGCCGUCUUCCUACCCCCCGCCAUCCUCGUCCGCGAAGACACGCCCCGCCGGCGUCCCUCUGCAACUGUUCGUCGUCCGCAACGACUCCAGCUGCGGCAGCACCAUCGGCCCCAUGCUCGCCGCCAAGCUGGGCGCCCGCACCCUGGACCUGGGCAACCCGCAGCUGAGCAUGCACUCGAUCCGCGAGACCUGCGGCGCGUUCGACGUCGAGCACGCCAUCAACCUGUUCGACAGCUUCUUCGAGCACUACGGCGAGCUCGAAGCCGCCGUCUCCGUCGACUGACUAGCUGAGCGUGGCAGCGGCCGAGGCCGUGACGCCAUCGCCCGCUCGCCCCGCAACCCCGCGGCCGGCAGCAAGAGCAGCACCAGCAGGCUCUGACGCCCAUCCGCUUGCAUCGCAUCGCGUGAACCUGAGCGUGCCUGCGUGCGAUGACACUUUGUCUUCACCCCCUUCCGGGGCCUUUCGACACUUCUCCAAGAUGCGGUCUGGCUCCACGCUGCGCUCAACACUGCACAUGGCCGUGCCAGGCUCCCGCAUUUGCCUCCAGUCGCUCGUUUUGCAUCCGCCGUCGACGACACGCUUGACUUUGCGUUGCUCCGAGGGUCGGUGCGCUUCCCAUCGAACCUCUUUCCCUCCCCUAUCCUCAUGCUCCUUGGCAGACAGCGCACCGAGGAGACGCAGGUGGCGUGGCAUUGGCCUGCCGAGACGAUCCGAGCAGAGUUUGAACUUUCAUGAAUGCUGUAGGCGAUGGAGCGAGGGAGGAUGAUCAAAAAGGAGAAAAAACGGAUGUUAGAGAUAUUUAAGAGAAAAAAAAAUACAAAUAUAUAUAUAUAUAUAUAUAUAUGAAUUAGAAAAACAAAAUGAAAUUGGGAACAGGAG